AUGCCGGACACUGUGAGUAUCGAGAGACACAAGCUAAACCAAGCUAUGUAUCAAAAGCUUAAAAGGUACAUUAUGAGUAGACGAAGACGUGAGCAAGAAGAGAAAGCUCAAGAUGCUAUUGUAAAGCGUCUAAGACGUGAAAGAGAAGAGUCGAAACGUCAAGCCGAAAUGGAUACAGAAAACCUAGAAAAUACUAAAAAGGAGAUUCUGGUAACUCGUAAACGCAUAGAAGAGCUCACCACCAGACGAAAUGAGCUCUUUCAACGUUUGAAACAGUUAGCCAGUGAAGAAACUAGUCUUAAAGAAAAACAAAAAAGUGAAACAAUGGCAUAUUUAGCGAGUAUGCCUUCCACACAGUUUGGUGUAGAUUCAAAUAGUUCUGGGACAUCCAGUCGCAUUCAUAUUUCUCAGACAACCUUACCUACAUGUGCACCUUUACCGUCUCCAAAUGGGCAGCAUGUUUCUACACAAAAGUCCACUUUGAGCACCAACAGUUCUGUGACAUUGACUACUAUAAAUUCUGGAACACUAAAUGGCUCUCACUCACCCCACAGGACACAUCAUGGAUCUCUGUUUGGUUUGAAUGGUUCCAAGACAGUACACACUACGGUGUCUUCUUCUGCAGGCAUCAACAUGCAGCAACCCUUGACAUCAAUAACAAACAACCAAACCGGUACAAUGGCUGCCGCUGCAGCACAACAAAGAUCAGUGCCUUCUGAUCCAGGUUUUCCACCAACAGCCGCGGCAGCCGCUUACUUCAAUGUUAUCGCAUCCCUGGCUAACUCUUCUUCUUUAGCAGGAAAUUCUUUGGGAAUAAAUUAUCCUAAUUCUUCUGUCAGUCUUGCUGAAGUUGUAGCUGCUCUUGCAGCAUCGGGAUUGUGUUCCCUUCCAGCAUCAAUUUCUUCGAACCUACCAAUAUCAAGUGGAAAUCUGAUCUCAAAUUUUGCAUUUUGUAGUCGUGCUUCUCCCUCUAAUCCAGAUAUGCAUCAUACCCGUGAUACAGUGACUACGCCUUCAUCAGGAAAUAUGCAUUCGGGUUUACCAUAUCUUCAAAAUCCGUUGCAGUCAGCUAAUUCGUCAAAAAAUCCACCAGUAUCUAUUCAUCAUAAUCCUAACCUUGAUUUGGCGAAUACUACUCUAGACACCGCAAAGGUGUGUUUGGCUCAAUUAGCUGCGGCGGCAGCUGCAGGACCUAGUGGUAACAACACUACUGGAAGUCUUAUAAACCAGCAAAAUAUUUUAUCCAGUAAUCAACAACUACAGAAAGCUCAUCAAAUUCUGCGUUCACUGAAUGUUCCAAACCCCCUACUAUCUCCACUAUUAAGUGGUAAUACGUCUGAAUUGGACGUUUCUCAAACUACCCCUAUGUCUACGUCAACAACAAUAUCGAGCAGUCCAUUGCUACCCCCAGCACCAAUCAGUUAUAGAGGAAGUAUAACCACCGGUCAAUCUGCCCAACAGAUUCAACUUCAACAGCAAGCCCACCAAAAACAACAGCAUAAUGUACCAAAGUACAUGACGCAGAUUGACUACAGUUCAGCACGUGGUCAUUCAGGUGGUCAAAAUAUUGAUAAUUUGCAUUUACUGCCGUCAAAUUAUUCUAUGAAUAUACCAACACAAGGAACCAGAUUCACUAACCAGCAACAACAACAGAUUAAUUCUAAUAACCUUAUUAUGCUAAAUCUGACUUCUUCAGCGAAUCAUAAUAGCAUUGCUAAUAAUACUGUGGCUAAUAUAACAAAUGCUAGUAAGUCUCUUCAAGGUGGUCGUCAUUUAGAGAAUAAUGCAUUAAGAAAUCCUAAUAAUAUUACAACUACACCUGUUCAUUGUAAUUCAUCAUCCACUGGCAUUACUUCUUUAACAUCGAAUACACCAGUGGCAACAUCAUCCAUAGUAAAUAAUACAUCAUCUGUUGCUUUAGCUGCAAGUUUAGCUCCAUUUGCAGCUGAUUUAAACUCAUUAAAUUAUUUGACAUCAGCAACCCUCGCUGCUGCCUUCCAACAACAACAACAACAGCAACAACAAUUAAGUAAAUUUAUGUCAGCUAAUAAUAGUAAUAAUAACAAUAAUAUUAAUUCCUCUUCUGGUCAUCCACAUUCAGCUGGCUCUUCUGGUCCACAGAAUAAUUCUGGACGCCGGUUUUUUGAUAGGGUUUAG